GGCAACGUUAUUUUCACUCUUCCUUCUGUAGACAUUUUGACUGUCAAAUGUAAAAUCGAAUGUAAAGGAAAACGAAAAAACUGAAAUUAAUCGGUCUUCUGCGUUGAAUUUCUGCUUGGUGUUUUUUGGUGAUUUUAAUCCGCAUAAAUCGUUGAGAAAUUUUAUUUAAUAAUUUAAAAAGUGAAUAAAAUCAAAUAGCCAAAAGUACAAUGGCACCGAAAGCAAACUUCGUUCCGGUUAAACCAAAAGGUCAAGCCUUCAAAGAUAAAUCGAAACCGGCCGAUGUGCGUCUAUCAAAUAUUCAAGCAGCCAAAGCUGUUUCGGAUGCCAUACGCACCAGUUUAGGACCACGCGGCAUGGAUAAGAUGAUUCAAGCCGGCAAUGGUGAAGUAUCGAUCACAAAUGACGGUGCUACCAUUCUAAAGCAAAUGAAUGUACUUCAUCCAGCAGCAAAAAUGCUUGUCGAAUUAUCACGUGCUCAAGAUGUAGAAGCUGGUGACGGCACAACUUCGGUUGUGGUAAUAGCUGGUGCUCUAUUGGAAGCAUGUGAAAAGUUAUUGCAUAAAGGUAUUCAUCCAACAGCAAUUUCUGAUUCCUUCCAACGUUGCGCAAACAAAGCUAUUGAGAUUCUCACCGAAAUGUCCACCCCCAUUGAGUUGACUGAUCGCGAUACACUUAUCAAGAGUGCCUCAACUUCUCUGAAUUCCAAAGUAGUCUCCCAACAAAGCAGUCUAUUGGCACCUCUUGCUGUUGAUGCUGUGCUGAAUGUUACGGAGCCCGGCAAGGAAGGAGCUGUUGAUUUGAAAAAUAUCAAAGUUAUCCGCAGUCUUGGUGGUACUGUCGAGGAUACCGAGUUGAUUGAAGGUUUAGUUUUCACCUCUCGUUCAGCUGGUACAAAUGCACCUAAACGCAUCGAAAAAGCUAAGAUCGGAUUAAUACAGUUCUGCAUUUCGGCGCCAAAGACUGAUAUGGACCACAAUGUUAUUGUGUCCGAUUAUGCCGCUAUGGAUCGUGUCUUAAAAGAAGAGCGUGCUUACAUUUUGAACAUUGUAAAGCAGAUCAAGAAGGCCGGUUGCAAUGUGCUUUUGGUGCAGAAAUCUAUCUUGAGAGAUGCUGUUUCCGAUUUGGCACAACAUUUCUUAGAUAAAAUCAAAUGUCUUGUUGUAAAGGAUGUUGAACGCGAAGACAUCGAAUUUGUUUGUAAAACUUUGAAUUGUCGCCCCAUUGCAUCAUUGGAUCAUUUUGUUGCCGAAAAUCUAAUAAACGCAGAUCUCGUCGAAGAGGUGCCAAGUGGUACUUCGAAAUUCGUCAAGAUCACUGGCAUCCAAAAUCCUGGUCGCACAGUAUCCAUUGUAUGUCGCGGCUCGAACAAAUUAGUGCUGGAAGAAGCUGCACGUUCAUUGCAUGAUGCGCUCUGUGUAGUACGUUGUUUGGUAAAGAAACGUGCACAAAUUGUUGGUGGGGGUGCACCAGAGAUCGAAAUGGCUUUGCAAUUGGCCGCUUAUGCACAAACAGUGGAAGGUGUUGAUGCUUAUUGUUUCCGUGCAUUUGCUGAUGCUUUGGAGGUUAUACCCUCGACUUUGGCUGAAAAUGCCGGUCUCAAUCCCAUUGCUACUGUAACCGAAUUGAGAAAUCGUCAUGCACAGGGUGAGAAGACUGCUGGUAUAAAUGUGCGUAAGGGGGCUAUUACCGAUAUUUUGGCCGAAAAUGUAUUACAACCGCUAUUGGUCAGUAUUUCAGCAAUUUCCUUGUCCACGGAAACAGUGCGCUCUAUCCUAAAGAUCGAUGACAUCGUAAACACUAUGGGUUAAAUAUAUUAACUUAAAUACAUACAUACAUACAUAUAGGACAUAUGUAUCCCAAAGGAUUGCUAAGCCCGUAGAUUGUGACGUCUAUUUCCAAACAUUUAUUUGUUCGCAUUAAUCAUUAACAUAACUUUAAACUUGAAACAGUUUGUACUUCAAUCGAAGAGCUUCAAACUGUUCACACUCAAUUUCGCUACUACACAAGAAAGAUAUAAUUUACAAAUUUGAUUAAACCAUAAACUAAAAUUGUAUGAAUUGCUUGCUACGAUUUAUAUUAUAGCGUCAAUUCAAAUAAAACAAAAUCUAAAAAAAA